AUGCCCUCCUUGAAAUAUCUCUUCUUACUCUGGCUUGCCUCCGCGGCCUCGGGACAGGGUGAUCCAAAGAACGUGGAGCCAGAUACUUUCUACCCGCGCGAACCCGACUCCCCUUACUCAUACCCUAGCCCUAAUGCCACCGGAAUUGGUGGAUGGGAUGUCGCUAUUGCAAAGGCUAGGCUCUUUGUGUCCCAGUUGACCACGGAAGAGAAGGUCUCUCUUAGUACUGGCACUGGUUUCCCACCUGACUCUGGCAUUGGAAAUUCGCAUUCGUAUGGGACCGGCUUUCCUCCCGGUGUUACCGUCGCCUCAACCUGGAAUCGAGAGCUGAUUCGUGCCCGCGGGUUCGCAAUUGCCACAGAGCAUAGGAACAAAGGAGCCCACGCUGUGCUGGGACCAGUACUUGCCCUCGGUCGUACCGUGGGAGGGGGAACGAACUUCGAGGGUUUCGGCAACGACCCGUUUUUGAUCGGUGCUGCCGGCUACGAGACUGUUAUUGGAGAACAGGCUGCUGGUGUGCAAGCUGUUCCUAAGCAGUAUCUGGGGUACGAUGGACAGCAGUAUAACCGGACCUAUUACUCUAGCAAUAUCGAUGACAAGACACUGCACGAGGUUGAGGUGUGGCCUUAUGCCGAGGCCGUGAGGGCAGGCGCUUCCUGCGUGAUGGCCAGCUAUCCAUAUGUCAACAAUUCCCAGGCUUGCCAAAAUGCCCAUCUACUCAACGACGUCCUCAAAACUCACCUGGCGUUCCAGGGAUAUACCCAGACGGACUGGUUUGCUCUCAAGGCUGGUGUUGAUGCGUUUAUGGCUGGUAUGGAUCAGGAUAUGCCGGGUGUUGCGGCCAAUGGCGGCGACUGGGGCUUUUAUGGUGCUAAUCUCACUAGAUCUGUGAAUAAUGGUUCGGUGCCGGAAUGGAGGCUGGAUGAUGCUGCUACUAGAAUCAUGACUCCUUAUUUCUUGCUUGGUCAGGACCGCAACUACCCCGAUAUUAACUUGGUGGAUGACCCCCGCAAGGCUAUUGUCGACAGUCAGCGCCAGAGGCAUAGAGUUCUUGCUCGCGAGAUUGCCGCGGCGGGGACAGUCCUUCUCAAGAACACGGAGGGAAGAAAUGGACUUCCACUAAAGAAGCCGACAACAAUCACUUUGUUUGGGCGCGCUGCCGGUCCCAAUCCUUAUGGUCCCAACCAGUAUGGUUACGGCAAUGGUGUUCUACCGAGCGAAUGGGCUACGGUGAAUGGCUAUGCUCUGGAUCCUUUGACUAUGGGCAUUGGUGAGGGAACUCUUGCGGGAGGAUCCGGUUCGGGAUCAACAUUCUAUUCUCGCUUAGUGGACCCUCUCAGCGCCAUUCAGCAUCGUGCAAAUCAAUAUUUGACCCUUGUCGAUUGGACUUUCAGCUCUAACAUGUCAAUGGUGAGCACCGUUGCUAAGCGUGGUACUGUCUGUAUCCCAGUGGUUGCCUCGUCGUCCGGUGAAUUGGUCGACCGAAACUUAACACUCAUGCAUGACGGUGAUCUGCUGAUCAGUACCGUUGCUGAGAACUGUGAUAAUACCGUUGUUGUGGUUCAGGCUGUUGGUCCUGUAGAUUUGGAGAAAUGGAUCGACCACCCAAACGUGACUGCUGUUGUUUGGGCUAACCUUGGAGGCCAAGAGCUUGGCCCUGCACUUGUUGACAUUCUGUAUGGGGACGUCAAUCCGUCCGGUCGACUAGUGUACACCAUUGCGAAAAACACUUCCGACUACGCUCAGCCCAACAUAGUCACGGAUCCUCAGCCAUACCCACAGAUAAAUUACACGGAAGGCAUAUCGGUCGACUACCGCGGCUUCGAGAAGCGCGGGAUAGAGCCUCGCUUUUGCUUUGGUCACGGUCUAUCAUAUUCAAGCUUCACAUAUACCGAUCUUGAAGUUACCAAGCACGGCGGGCUGGCUGCUGCCUUGAAGAAACCCAUCAAAUAUGUCGGUAAUGCACCAGGUGGCGAUAUGGCUCUCUACGAUGUAGCAAUCAUUGUCCAGGUCACGGUCAGCAAUGAGGGUCCCUACGAUGGCACAGAAAUCGUACAGCUCUAUCUUGGGAUGCCAGAGCAGGCUGGUAACCCGACCAAGAUUCUCCGUGGGUUUGUUUCUGUUCCCAUCCGAGACGGAGAGACUCAAACACGGAAGAUUUAUCUCACUCGAAAGGACAUCAGCUAUUGGGAUGUGGUGCGGCAGACUUGGGUUACGCCCAGUGGUGCCUUUAAUGUGCACGUUGGCGCAUCAUCUGCUGAUAUCCGUCUGAAUUCUACGUUCACUAUUUGA